CGGACUACGCGCGCUCUCGUGGCCUCGCUGUCCGGCGGCGCCGAUCGACGCGCCGCGCCCGCAUCCGACAUGCUGCGCCGCGUUCUGCUGUGUCUGGCCCUGGCCUCGCUGGCUCGCGCGGGCGCCGACCCCGAAGAGGAGGACAAUGUCCUGGUGCUCCACAAGGGCAACUUCGAGGAGGCGCUGGCGGCUCAUAAGUACCUACUGGUGGAGUUCUAUGCCCCUUGGUGUGGCCACUGCAAGGCUCUGGCCCCUGAGUAUGCCAAAGCAGCUGGGAAACUGAAGGCAGAAGGCUCGGAGAUCAGGCUGGCAAAGGUGGAUGCCACAGAGGAGUCUGACCUGGCCCAGCAGUAUGGCGUCCGUGGCUACCCCACCAUCAAGUUCUUCAAGAACGGAGACACGGCUUCCCCCAGAGAGUAUACAGCUGGCAGAGAAGCUGACGACAUUGUGAACUGGCUGAAGAAACGCACGGGCCCCGCUGCCACCACACUGGCCGAUGUGUCUGCUGCAGAGGCCUUGGUGGAGUCCAGCGACGUGACGGUCAUCGGCUUCUUCAAGGACGCGGAGUCAGACUUUGCCAAGCAGUUCCUGCUGGCAGCAGAGGCCACUGAUGACAUACCCUUUGGAAUGACGUCCGCCAGUGAUGUGUUCUCCAAGUACCAGCUGGACAAGGACGGGGUUGUCCUCUUUAAGAAGUUUGACGAAGGCCGGAACGACUUUGAGGGUGAGAUGACCAAAGAGAAGCUGCUGGACUUCAUCAGACACAAUCAGCUGCCACUGGUCAUCGAGUUCACCGAGCAGACGGCCCCGAAGAUUUUCGGAGGGGAGAUCAAGACUCACAUCCUACUGUUCCUGCCCAAGAGCGUGUCCGACUACGAUGGCAAACUGAGCAACUUCAAGAGCGCCGCUGGGAGCUUCAAGGGCAAGAUCCUGUUUAUCUUCAUCGACAGUGACCACGCCGACAACCAGCGCAUCCUCGAGUUCUUCGGCCUGAAGAAGGAGGAGUGCCCGGCUGUGCGUCUCAUCACCCUGGAGGAGGAGAUGACCAAGUACAAACCCGAGUCGGACGAGCUGACAGCGGACAAGAUCACGGAGUUCUGCCGCCGCUUCCUGGAGGGCAAGAUCAAGCCCCACCUGAUGAGCCAGGAGCUGCCAGAAGACUGGGACAAGCAGCCUGUCAAAGUGCUGGUGGGGAAGAACUUUGAAGAGGUGGCUUUUGAUGAGAAAAAGAACGUCUUUGUGGAAUUCUACGCCCCGUGGUGUGGCCACUGCAAACAGUUGGCUCCCAUUUGGGAUAAGCUUGGAGAGACAUACAAGGACCAUGAAAAUAUCGUUAUCGCCAAGAUGGACUCGACGGCUAACGAGGUGGAGGCCGUCAAAGUGCACAGCUUCCCCACGCUCAAGUUCUUCCCGGCGGGCGCAGACAAGACGGUCAUCGACUACAACGGGGAGCGCACGCUAGACGGCUUUAAGAAGUUUCUGGAGAGCGGUGGUCAGGAUGGGGCAGGGGACGACGACGAUCUGGAAGACCUAGAGGAAGCAGAGGAGCCUGACCUGGAGGAUGAUGACGAUCAGAAAGCUGUGAAGGACGAACUGUGAUGUCGCAGCCAGCCCUGGGCACCCACCUCGCCCUCAGAGGGCUGCUCCCCCGCAGCCCAGCUCCGGGGCCCGGGACCCUCACUCGGAGGAGGAGCGGCCACCAGAAAUACAGGGAACUUCCGAGGCAACACUUCACUCUAACACACGUAGAUUUAGACCCGUCUCUUCCUUCCGCUUUUCAGUUUCUGGAAAGGGAUCCCUCUCCAGGCCAGCCCACCCUGGGGGCCGUUUCUUUUUAAUUGUGAUGUACUUUUUUGUACACGGUUUUGUCCAGAGCGCUCGCUAAAAUGUUUGGGAAUCUCACGCUGGCACUGUCUCCUUCCUGUUAGGUUUAUGCUGUCACUUUUCAAAAGUUUCAUCUGUGGGAUUUUUAGACAUUUUUGGACGCCAGGGUGUCUGUGCACCUUGGCCAGGACGCCCUGGAGACUGAUGUCCCCUGCGUGGAGAGGGACCAAGCCAGGCUGGACGGGUCAUUCUCACCUCAUGCCAGUGUUGCCGUGACUGAGCAUGGCUGUCGCAUUGUUUGGUGAAAUGGAGACUUCAGAUCUCUGUCCCAGGGGCAGCAGGGCCAGCCCGGUCCCCUCCCCAGCCAGGCCCUUCACUGCUUUGCCCUGUGGGUGGCCUGAGGCGUGUACUGGGCAGAACCAGGACCCUCCACCUCCAGGCCGGAGACACCCGGGACACUUGAACCCCAUCGAUUGUUGACAGUUCCUCAGGCAUUUCUGUCACAUUGGAAAUUGGAACUGAACACAUUGGCCAAAUAAAGUUGAAAUUCUAC